AUGGAAGCUAGAAAUUUGUUUAAAUCAGUUCGAUGUAUGUUUGGAGAUGAAGUUCUCAGAAAUGGGUUAUCAACAAUUACAGCAGAACACUUAAACAAAUCUAUGAAAUUAAUAAAGGCACAAUCUAGCCUUGUAGAUGUCAGUAUUUCUAACAAAAUUCAGAAGAAGAGUAAAAAGGAAUCAGUCAUUAACACCAUGAAAAAACUUGCAAAGGGGAGUUUAGGAGCGAAGAUAUUACAAGGAGGGCUGCAUAAAGUAUUCAAGCGGAUAUUCAAUGUAAGUGAAGGCGAACAGCUUUUAAAGGCUUCAACAUGUUCAUUGUUCACCACAGCGGGACCCAUUACAGGACGCCUUUUCGUGUCCUCUAAAAACCUUGCGUUUUGCAGUGACAAAGCUAUAGCUACGUAUACUUCUCCAUCAGGGGAAGUAUUAAGAUACCAUUACAAGGUUGUGAUCCCUCUAAGGAAGAUCAAGAAAGCAAACCCAAUUGAAAAUGCUGAUAAGCCUUCUAAGAAGUACCUUCAAGUAGUCACUACUGAUGAUUUUGAAUUCUGGUUCACGGGGUUUCUUAAUUACAAGCGAACUGUCAAGUGCUUAUAUCAAGCACUCUCCUAUGAAGCUUAAUUAAUUAGAUGAAAUCAAGUGGUAGUUGUG